AUGAUCAAACCCAGCAGCAUUUCCAAAUGGGUCAACCUGAAUCGCUCGGGAUUCUUGUUGCGAUCAACAAACCAUCAGUUUUUUUCAACCUCGAAGAAUCCCACCCAGGCGCCGUCUCGUCAUAGUAAAGAAACUUCAGAACAAGCCGCGGGUGGGACAACGGAUGAUAUCGCUCAUAGCAAAGGCGCAUUUGACUCAAACGAAGCAAAUCCAGAAAAGAGUGCAUCCAAGAUCUCUGCGGGUGGUACUAACAUGGAACAAUCGGCCGCCUACAAAUCAUCUUCGCUUCCAUCGCAAAACACACCCGUAAAGAAAAAAGCACCCAACACACAGAAGUAA